ACAGCGACCGCAGCGACAUCUGGUGCGUGCUUUCGUGCAUGUGACUUCUCUCGCGGAGGUCUUCACGCGCUCCCCGCGCUUGUCCGUCGCAGAAGAAGCUCUCCAUGGCAUUUCGUCUGGUCGCUAGUUGAUGUCCGACUUUCUUGUCAAGAUGAAUGGUGAAGUGACGAAUUCACCGAGACGGAAGUCUCGGACGGAGAUGGCCGCGAAAGUGACGGUUGUCCUGGGGGCCCAGUGGGGCGACGAAGGCAAGGGGAAGGUCGUGGAUAUGCUUGCGACUGAUGUGGACGUCGUGUGUCGGUGUCAGGGCGGCAACAACGCCGGCCACACUGUAGUGGUGGAAGACCGGGAGUACGACUUUCAUCUCCUGCCCAGCGGCAUCAUCAACCCCAAGUGCAAGUCUGUGAUAGGUAACGGCGUGGUUAUCCAUCUCCCCGGGCUCUUUGAAGAGAUUGAGAAAAAUGAAGCCAAGGGUCUGACCGGCUGGAAAGACCGCCUGCUCAUUUCCGACCGAGCACAUCUUGUGUUUGACUUCCAUCAGUCUGUUGAUGGUCUUCAAGAACAAGAGAAGGGAAAGAAGUCCCUGGGCACCACCAAGAAGGGCAUUGGCCCAACAUACUCGUCUAAAGCUACUCGAAACGGCAUAAGGAUUGCAGAUCUUCUUGGUGAUUUCAAUCUCUUUGCUGAGAAGUUUGAAUCUUUGGUAGCUUGCUACCAACGCAUGUUCCCAGAUCUGGUGGUAGAUGUGCCUGCUGAACUUGAGCGUUACAAAGUGUUUGCGGAACGCAUUAGGCCUCUUGUGUGUGAAACAGUCUCAUUUCUCCAUGAAGCCCUACGGCAGCACAAGAAAAUAUUGGUGGAGGGAGCCAAUGCUGCUAUGCUGGACAUUGAUUUUGGUACCUACCCUUACGUCACAUCAUCUAACUGCAGUAUCGGUGGUGUUUGCACUGGCCUGGGCAUCCCUCCAGUCAAUAUUGGCACUGUUGUUGGUGUUGUAAAAGCCUACACAACUCGAGUAGGGGAUGGCCCAUUCAUGACGGAGUUGAGUGAUGAAAUUGGAGCUUUGCUUCAGAGCAGAGGUCAUGAGAUUGGUGUAACCACCAAGAGACCAAGACGAUGCGGAUGGUUGGACAUACCGCUUUUGAAACAUACCACACUCGUCAAUGGAUAUACCCAGUUGUGUGUAACAAAAUUGGACAUCCUUGAUGUGCUGCCUGAAUUGAAGAUUGCAGUAGCUUACAGGAAAAACGGAAAAGUGCUUGAUUAUUUCCCCUCCAGUGCUGCUGAGUUGCUCACUGUUGAUGUUGACUACUUAACAGUACCAGGGUGGAUGACCAGUAUUGAAGACGUGAGAGAUUUUGAAAAGCUUCCUGAAAAUGCCAAAAAUUACAUCCGGAAACUAGAAGAGCUUGUGGAAGUUCCCAUUCGGUGGAUUGGUGUUGGAAAGGGAAGGGAAUCCAUCAUCAAUGUUUUCUGAAGAAUUGUACUGUUAAAGGCUGUGUAUGUGCUGCCUAGUCCUUCUAUUAGAAUAAUAUGUGCAUGCUCCAAUAUGUAUGGUCCGUCUGUUUGGAGACUAAAACUUGUGUGGAGUGAAAAGGGACAAACAGAUUGUUAUUCUUCUGUAUGUGUCCUAACUAUUAAUUUUGUUAUCUUAUGAUGAGUACCGUUAUCCAGACAUUUAUUAAUUAUCUUGGGGUCCAUUUUUUUUGUUUCAUUUAUUUUGAAUGGUGAAGUUUCUUUAAAAGUAACCAACCAAUAUUUACUGAUGGUACUAGUGUCUAUCCUCGCUUCAAACAUUUCUAGUUUCAUGGUAAGCUUUUUAAAAAUAAGAAUUCUUUCCAAAACACUUCCUUUUAGGAGUGAUUUGCAAUUUUAAUGAAUUUGGCAGGCAAGACAAAACAAGAGAGUCCAGCAAUUUUAAUUUCUGUUUGUUUAUUUGUUGUUUUAUCUUAAUAUAAGAAAACUGAGGUCUUAAGGCAGUUCCUAUCUUUUUAUAUGUUCAAUUACCUACUUGGGCUUUUUAACUGCUAUGGUCUGAAAAUGAGUACUGAAUGUAAACUUAUAUUUUGAAUCUAUUACUCACAAAUAUUGUGCUUUGACUGUCUCUCACUGUGAGUUCUUAAUGUUUCUUCUGUUGGGAUGUUUUACCAGCAGUGCCUAAGCCUUCUGUCUGAUUGUCAUUUCAAUUAAUGACGUCCAAGUCCUUUAUUUUAUCUAUUCUUUGCUCUUAAAGAAAACGUUUUUCUUGUUUAGAGGGGAAUUUAAGUUCAGGAAUUCUGUGUUACUAGUACUUCUUUUUCUGUGAUACACCUCAGUUUUGUACCACGUGUGAGGAUUUGUUGUGGUUUUCACUGAUAAAUGAUGAGGUGUAAUGGAAUUCUCACAGCACAUUAUUACUGUUUAUCCUAUCUCUUCUGAGUGACUGCACAUUUGCAUUUUGAAUGUACAAUUAAUGCAUCAAAUUUCCUGACAUUUUGGGCAUACUACUGUGUGUUCCUUACUUUGUGGUCUUUGCUGGAACUAAAGCAGGAAAGGAAGAUAACAAGGCAACGUGAGCAUUCUCUGUCUUGUUUCAAGUCUGUUUGUGUCAUGGAGUCCAUGUUUUCUUCUUAAUUGUAACCAAAUCACUUCAAGCAUGGGAAAUGAAAGAAUGUAGGGGACAGGAUCCUCUUGUAUCUCUGGAACAUGUGGUUUAAGUUGUAUCUUGAUUAAUUUGCCCAAUUGUUGUUAUUGCCUUAUUUGUUCUUUUGUUGAGUGGUGCAAUGAUUUCAUGUAAUGUCACCAAUGAUUUUACAAUUAGAUGCUUGGGUGGUUAUCAAUUUUGGAACAUCGACGAUGGCCUUGUGCUGAGACACAACUUGUAUUGGGAUCUGCACAAAUAAACAGUUCUCGGCCAGCUGCUGGCAGCACCAACA